AAAGAGCGGGAAGGAGGGGGUUGUUUUGUUUUGGGCGGUGUGUGUUUUCUUUGGUGUGCGGGGGGAGGGCAAGGGGGGAGGGGCGUAUCGCUAUGAAGAAAUUCUUCCAGGAUAUCAAGGCGGACCUGCAGUUCAAGGCGGCCGGGUCGGGCCAGAAGCUCUCCGAGUCGCCCAGGGAAAGAACCCCCAAAGAGAAACCCAAAGCUGACACCCCCAAGCCUCGCCAAGGGCCAACCAAUGAAGCUCAGAUGGCCGCUGCAGCAGCCCUGGCCAGGCUGGAACAGAAGCCCAAGCCUCGGCCCCCGUCAUCCCAAGAUGCCAUCCGAAAUCAGGUGAAAAAAGAGCUGAUGGCCGAAGCUGCCGCCUGUGACAAAGGAGCAUCUGUGGAUCAGAAGAAUUCCUCACCCACCCUGGUGGAAGACCUCUCUGCCUUGUCGGUCUCAGGUGUCUACUUCACUUGCCCCUUGACUGGGGUCACCGUCCGGAAAAACAAAAAGGAGGCCCAUCUCAGAGAGGCCAUUCUUGCGCAUGCGUCCAAAGACCCUGUGGCUGCUUCCAUCAUGGAGAUCCACACCUUCAACAGGGACCGGGAGAAGGUCAGACUGGGCGUGGAGACCAUCGCAAAGUACCUCGAUAACAUCCACCUCCACCCAGAGGAAGAGAAGUACCGAAAAAUAAAGCUUCAGAACAAGGUGUUUCAGGAAAGGAUCCACUCUCUGGAGGGGGCGCACAGUUUUUUCCAGGCGAUUGGCUUCGAGAAGGCAACCCUGAGCGUCCCAGGACAAGAAGAGACAACAGAGGACUUCUACGUGCUGAAAGAGGAGGCCUUGGAGAAGCUGGAUGACCUCAAGGCACACAAAGAGAAGCUGCUGAGUGGGGAGCCGGUGAGAGUCCAGCUGGAUCGCCAGCUCUGCAUCUUCAAGCCGUCCCCCCAGGCCUCCCACUUUGAGCUGCCCAGCGACUUCUUCAACCUCACCGCUGAGGAGCUGAAACGGGAGCAGAGGCUUCGGGCAGAAUCUGUCGAGAAGGCCUCCAUGCUGCGGACCAAGGCCAUGCGGGAGAAAGAAGAGCAGCGGGAGCUGAGGAAGUACAACUACACCUUGCUGCGGGUCCGCUUCCCUGACGGAUACAUCCUGCAAGCAUUUCAUGACCCAUGCACAGCAAAUCCGUCUUGUUCCGCUGCAGGGACAUUCUACGCCCGAGAGCCCGUCUCGGCACUCUACACCUUUGUGCGGGAGACGCUGCGUAACGACUGGCUGCCUUUUGAGCUGCUGGCCCCCGGCAGCCACAAGCUGGCAGACGAGAGUGCCGCGCUCAACGAGUGUGGGCUGGUGCCCUCUGCCCUCCUGACGUUCGUGUGGGAUGCCGAGGUCAUGGCUGACAUCAAAGCUUCCGGAGGGGAGCACAGGGGGAGCGUGCUCAAGCCAGACCUGCUCUUGGCUGUACAGCUCCUGUCCUGAAAUAAAAGCGAAAGGGCUCGGACCCGGCUCCAUCCCGUGGGCGGUCCCCUUCUCCCGUGUGUCAAAUGGAAGCUGCUUCGGCCACUCUUUUGUCUUGUGAAACUAGAGAGAGAGAGAGAGACUGCCGUGUCUUAGUGUGCAUUAGUAGGCGUCCAGGAGCACGGAGGCCUCUCCGACGGAGUCUGAGGCCGCCUCUGCCGGGCCCACGGCCUUGGGACGUGAACUGAUUUCAUGUGUGCGAUGGCAGCACGAGUGGGGUAUUUUCUUGCAUUGCUGCUUUUUCUAGCGAUGUGAGAUAAAGUUUCCGCUGCAAGAGCGAGCUUGAAGUUUUAAUCUCUUCCUAACCUCAGAGUGCGCUGGGAAAAGAUUAAAACUCUCUUUCCCCCACCAUGAAGUAUGGCAAACUGGAGAGCAGUGCUGUGCUUCAGCCUGUACCCGGCCCUGCGCAGGCAGACGUUGGGCUCCUUUUGGCUCUCAAGAAGCACUUUUGGCUCCUAAUCCUGAAAGGGGUAUAUUUUUUGUCUUGAAUUACGAGUAUCUUAAUGGAAGUAUUUGCAUAGGAUCCUGCAGCGAUUGGGACUAUUCCAUCUUUUCAGGCGAGGGGUAAAGCGGGGUUGGAAGGUGGGGGAAGAGGACUGGGGCUGAAACCUGGUUCUCUUUUCACGGCUGCUGCUUUCUCAGUGGCGAGGGAGAUGAUUGCUGCGAUUUCCCGCUGACUUUAGAAAUGCUCCGUUUCUAAACACUACAUCUGUUUCUUAGUACUUUAGUUUAUAGCUCUGAUUUGUGGUGGGAGGGGGCUCAUCUAGAGGUAGCUGAGGAUUGGGUGCACACAGGGAGCCCCUCCUACUGGUUUAGAGCCAGGUGACUGUUCUGUGUUUGAUAUAUUUUUAUGUUUAAUUUAUGUGGCACAUUCCAGCUGUUUUCAGUUUUGGGGAGCGAGGAAAGAAAGAGAUUGACUUUCGUCCACUGCAGGGGGGGCUGAGACGGUUAUAAAAGUGUGUCCUGUCUCCGAAAAUGUAGCGAUGAGGAUAAAACCACCUCUUCGAUAAAGCA